AUGUCGCUGAAGUUCUCUACAAGUGAAAGGAGGAGGUCCAGGUCGAGUUUUCAUGGUGUCAACCUGGACGCAUGGUUCCACUCUGCGAUGCAUCAGCUCGAUGACGAGCAGGUCGAUCAUGAUCGCUUGUCACUUCUCGGAAAGGCUCAGAACCGCAGAAGCUGGAGGCCUCUCCUCGCACUUGCCUUGCUCUUGGUCGUCAUGCUUGUUGCCUUUGUGCUCUGCACCUGGCCUUGUCCGCCUCAACCUCAGGCCAGGGCUACCAAAAUAGAAAUCUUCUUUCCCCAGCACAGCAUGGUAUCGUUCAACGUGACCACCUUUGCUCCUCCAGCAGCUUCAUGGAUUCAUCAGAUCGACCUCUUGUCCGCAGAAUGCACCAUCUCGGUCAUUGAGAACCUUCAAGUGUCAGUGGAGGAUUUCGCCAAACUAUCUAUUCAAGGACCCAUCCGGCUACUGGAGACACGACCUGAGCAGGAUACCGCUGUUCAGGCACUCCAUGGCUCAGUUCACUCCAUUGACAUUGAAGCCUUGAAGAUUCUAGUAGGCCAAGGAAACGAUUUCAGCUUCGGUAUCACGUGCAAAACUGUCACAGGUAUGAAGCUAUAUUGGUCGCUUCUGAAAUUCCAGCAUUAUGACGAAAUCUCAGACACUCUUUUUCAUAGUUUUGCAGAGUCAAUCAACAGUACUUUGCAAAAUUUCACUGUCCAGGAUGGGAUAGACUUGCAAGAUGGAAUAUCUUUGGAGCAGGAAAGCCAAACGCUCUUCCUCCGGUUGGAGCUCCCAGUGUUGCAGGAUACGACGGGUGCCAUCGCAAGUUUGCUGGUCCAUCUGCCUGAGGUUGCGUUCGACGUUUCUAUGAGAGUAAUGGGCGACCUAUCCAUGCUCAACCGGAGCACAGCCAUGGCUUCCUCGCGCGCCAUCUUCACGGUUGGCUCCUCAUAUGGAAGCUGGCUGGCUGCAACCAGCCUCAACGUCUCUGCCUCUGAGCUCGGAGACACAAGGCACACAGAGACCGGGCUCUUUAUCACUUGUGCUCAAGACGCCUGCACAAAAAGCAUACUCCCGGUGGUGGAACUAGCCAUGGAGGCAUUGACAGCACAUCCAGUGCGAGGUGUGGUAGUCUCAGCUACAGCCUCAUCUCCGUCUUCUCGCUUCUUCACAGAUGUGCUGGGCAACGAGCACACUUUCAUCUUCACCCAAGAGUCGCACAGUGUGCCCCGUUGGGAUCGAAGGAGUCGCAGGCAGUCGGCAAGUGUGAGUCAGAACGCUUCCAGCUGCAUGAUAUCAGACAUCUUCGCCAACUGGCAACUUCGAAUCUGUGCUGGAGGUGACCUGAGCUCCUCAAACCCCAGAGGAAGUCCAAAUCUGCUCCCAUCAGUCUCACUUGCUCUGGCUGAGAAAAGCUACUUUGUGUCUGGCCAAGGAACCCCUCUCUUGUCCAUCUUAGUCAACGUCACCACGUUCCGUAAACUCACCGUGCAAGAUGCUCGGAAUCUUCUUGGCUUCGAUCCAGAUCAUGAUCAACCCGAUGGGCUGGUAGAGGAGAGCACCCGCAUGGUUGUUCUUCUCAUUCAAAUCAACGCCAGCGGCAGCGAGCUGAUGCAAGACUUGUUCGAGCUGGACUAUGGAACCCUUCAAGAUUCAGGCUUUGACAAGCUGAGUCCAGUCAACACGUCCUUCGCUGCGCUAAGGGUCAUGGACACCAAUAGAACAGUCUUGUGGGAGCUGAUUGGCUCAGUCAGUAGCCGAAUCCAGCAGAACCCCAGCAUCAUCAUGCUGGGAGGUAGAUUUCAAAAUCGAUUAGGCGACGUGAAUGUCUUUGACUGGAGCAGCAUGAUCAAAGGAGAGGUCACUUCAUCUCAACGAUCCAUCAACUACUACGUGAAUGGUCAUGACAUCUCGGUCUCGUCGCAGCUCGACCUAAUUUCUGUGAAUUGUUCAACACGGCUUCAGCUGGGGUCAGGCGGCAGCAGCAAGGAGCUUGAGCUCGGGGGAUACGUGUUGUGGAGGUCGAACAGUUCGGACUUGCACGACUGCUCCUUCCAGACUUGUACCUACACCGGCCUCACCGAGUUCUGUAACGACCCGAUCCACACGUCCAGCGUGAAUCUCAGCCUGUCGUUGGACGGCCAGUGGGACCGUUCGGGUUUCCAGGUGGACAGCAACGUGUCAUGGAACGCUCGCAAUGAGCAGUGGAACGGAUCGAGUCUGUUGAGAGUGAGAGCAAAUCAGAAACAAGUUCUCGAUCUCGAUGGAGCUCUUCGUUAUCGUUGUGCCUCUCUCAUCACUCCUGAUGCUACUUCGUCUGCCGACCCUUUCCCGUACACCCAGCGAGUCUUGUGCGCAUUGACAGGUGACUAUGUGACGAACCUCCGGCUAGGCACGGACGAUGGGGAGAAGGGUCUUGGAGCUGGUUGGCAGCUGGACGUAAAUACAACCGCGGUCAACGCUGGUCAAUGCUGGUCCCCUUGUCUAGGCGAACUGGUUACUCGCAGUCAAGUCUUGAACCGCUCGGGAGUUCACUGCUACGAUGAUUCACCCAAUAGCUCUGAUGUCAGCAUGCACAUGUCAAUCAACGGCUGGUCCAACCAAGACAACGUGACGAUGGACAUGAUGGUGGCAGGGGGGCUGAAUGAGCGCCAUCUGCUGAACUGGUCAAGCACUGUGUUGUUGAAUCACAACGGCGAUGGCUUGCUUGAGUGGGAUAACUUCAUGACAGGAAUCUACAUUGACAGCUCCAACAAUGAGCCUGCCAUGCUGCAGCAAGCCGCGGGAAGCUUUGUGACGACAGACUUGAGCAACAUGUCACUGAUGGGUGACUUGGUUUCCAUCCUCGUUGUGGGCAAGGCGAGAAACAAGUUUAGAGGGGACGGGAGGCUCCGAUUAACCUCAUUCAAGGACGAGGUUCUGAACUGCUCUUGGCACAACGUGUCUUCCCCAGCCACUUGCCACUCAGUUUCCUACAAGUCCGGCAUGGAUUCUGAGUCAUCGGUUGACCUCCAGUGGAACGACGAGAACAUCCUUGUCGAGGCGGCGCUGACAACCAGCGCCCUCGACAAGCUUCGGAAUGGAUCGAGCUUGAUGACGGUGACGAGGAACAAAGAGCGUCUGCUGAACUGGAGCUCGACACUGCAGGGAACUCACGUGACGAAACAAGACUUGUCCAACCGGAAUCAGGCUGGCGUCACUAGCAUAACGUCUGACCUUUUGGCAAGCAAAUACAGCAUGACACUCGAGCUUGCAAGGGCUGAUCAGUUGACGAGCCUUGACGCUUCGGGAGAGUUCGAUGUGACAAUCCUGUCUUACUGGUACAACUACAGACAACAGUCCUUCAGUUCUCUCGUGAACCUGUCCAUGGACGGUCUGUCAAACCACCGAGACAAAAUCAGGAUGAACAUGAUGGUCAUGGGAUGGGCGAACAACAACCUUCUCAACGGCUCUAGCGCAAUCACAGCAAGCAGCAAUGGGGAUGCUGUGCUUGACUGGACCUCGUCUCUAGUUGGAGGAUACGAGUCAGCACUCGAGACGCUCAUAGCCAAGACAGCCAACUCAAUGGUGGUGAACGGGCAGAUGUGGAGUGACUUGAUGCUGGAAGGAAGCGUCGGGUUACAAGCAGACCCUCACGCCUCCCUCAGCAUCUCAAGGGAUGGUAACCUCGUCUUCUUUGUCAAUGAGGUCCUCCAACUCCAGCUGAUCGCCUCCACCUCCCAGCUCGUCUUCACCGCACUGACCACCCUGCGCAUCCCUGGCGCCGACGUCGACCACAGCUGGUCGUUCAUCUUCCAGGUCACGAGCUCUCAGAGUGGAGUUUACGGGGCCUCGAUGAAGGUCGUUGAGGAUGCUCCUCCCCUCGCUUCCCUGGCACGUCGGUCAGCAUCCUCGAGCAUCAUCUUCGAGGUUCAAAGUUCGGUAUUGGUGCAUGGCCCGACAGCCAACACCGUGCAAGACUUCCUCGCUCACUUCGCUCUUGCCGCCACCAGCCUUGAGGUAGCUCUCAGCGUCAUGACGCAUGACCGGAACCGCCUGACCUUCAACUCCACCUUGGGGUCCACCGGUGACAUGCGAGGAGGCGCAAACAAGACAUCCUGUGUCGAGCUGGACUUCAGCUUCAUGGGCCCAGCCACGCUUCUCGCGCAUGGCGACAUGAGGAUGAACAGCUUGAGGCUCCCGUGGGAGCACCAGAACUCAAGCUCAAGUGGGGGCAUCGCGACUCUAGAGCACGUCACGAUGAGCUGGCGAGAGAACGACGCCACAAACAGCAUCGCCAAGACGAAUGACGUUCUGCUGGGGCAGAUCCCUUCGUGCCUCGUUUCCUCGACCUUGAGUGUAUGGAUGUCGGUGGAUGCUCAUUGUAUGUCAGGGUUGUGCAAGGACCAGAGAGGCUUCUGCACUGCCUGCAGGCUUCAAACCACCACCGUUGUCCUCCCUGCCAUCCUUACCACCCCUCCUCUCUCUCUGCCUCCACCACCUCCACCCCCGCCCCCGGUCAAGAUCAACAGAACUCUAACUAGAGAAGCUAUCACCUCAGUCUCGACUAUCAUCGCCACCUCCACCGCCAUCUCUGCAUCUUCGGUGGCCGUAGGGGCCGUGGCAAGUUCCGUCCUGCCUUCCCUCUCGUCGACAGGAGCCUCAGGAGCGACAGGCAGGAGCAGCUCGUUCGCGACCUCCCUGAUCCUGCAGACUCAGUUCAUCGCCAUCACAGGGCAGCUCGGAGGAAACAGCAGCACCGAGGCCGUGUCAGACCUUUCCUCGCAGCUGGGAUGGUCCAACUACAAGUUCUUCUCCAUCUUUCAUGUGUCAUCGAACUCCACCUGCGAUCGGGCCAAGCAAUCCAAGAACGAGCUUUUGUCCACCUUGGUGGCUUGUGCCGCUGCCUUGUCCGCCGCCUCGCUCCUCCGUCUCGUCUCGAAUCAGAUCGCGCGAUGUCGCAAAGGAGAGGCCUCGCCUGAUCACCGCAGGAUUCUUUUUCCCAAGUGGGAGUUAGCUGUAUCCAUCACUCAAGUCCAGGGACUUUCGCUCGCGACGGCUGCCGCCAUGUCGAGUGGAUGUCUGCCUUACAUCAUCUUCGGGGCGCUGGUGUUUGCAUGUCUUGUCGUUGAGGUCUUGACCAUGUUGCGGUUGGUUUGGCUGGCGAAGCGAGGAAGUAUCGUGUGGGAGCAGCGGCGGGUUCAAGACACGUGGGUAGAGCUCAAGCAACAACUCUCUGAGUUGGUGAAAGAGAAGAAAAUCUCGUCGGGGAUUGCCGUCACCGGGACACUGGCCUCCUCCUUGGUCCGGGGCAACUGGAGUGUUGACUCGACCCUGGAGGGGCAGGACAAGUCUUGGCGGUUCAUGACUCGCUUCGGCAUGUUGGUUGGCGAGGUCUGCCGGCACGCAUGGUGGUAUGGCGUCUACUCCAUCGGUGUGAAGCCUGUGCAUGCGUUGAUGGUCUACAUGCUGCCAGACGGCAAGGCAAGGAGCUCCGGCAUGACCGCCAUGCUCCUCCUCGACCUGGUCCUGAACAUCAUCUUCACCCCUCAGCUUGAUUGGCGGGCAUGGGGGACACAGCUUCUUGCUGCUCUCGGCAACGUGGGCAUCUGCUUGACUUUCUUGCUGAGAGCGAUGGGGUUGAUUAGCUCCGCUGACGUCACCAGCAUGUACUUCGCCUUCGUCGUCGUCUCCAUCAUGCCGAUGAUUCUUGCAAGCCUUGCGAAGGAUGGGUACAAGGCAGCCACGACAGCGUAUCAGUUCUUUCAAACGUUGCAGAGCUCGAAGACCAACGACUCGUCACCAGACGAAGGCAAACCGCAGAAAGACGGCAGCAAGGAGAAGGUCAAGGGAGAGACGAUUGAAACAGCAACACAAGAUGUGGAGAUAGGAAAGGAAAGGAAAUACUCCGUGGAACAUGGCAUUGAAGACGGCGUUGUAUACGCGCAAGAUAUGGUAGCGAAAAACUUUAACUGCAUUAAGAACUGA